AUGAUUGGAUCUCGAUGCCUGGGUCCAGGCGGUCCGGAAACCGCAUCACGAGCGCUUCGUGCCUCCAGUGCCGUGCGCGCACCAUACGUGCUCUCACCGCCCGUGGCCGAAUGCUCAUAUCGAGUGUGGCAACCACCACCGCCGGCUCCCCAUCUAGAGACCCGUCGUAGCUCUCGGAGCUUCACGUCCGACUCGCACGUAAGCGCACACUCCGCCAACACCUCCCGCCAGGCUACAUCUGCCGACCCUGGCAGCAUCGAGACUUUCGUUCAUGACCCGCCUUUCGCAAAGGCCAAGGUCAAACGACUUCGACGCGUGCACAACGCGAACCCAAGGGAUCCUUUUGGAGCAUCGCCCGGUCUGAAAGCGCAUGCCUCGGCGUCAUCACAAGACUCAAUACCUUCCGGUCACGACCGAAGCUCUGACCCCGUCACAGGCUCACACCUGCAUCCGCCACGCGUCACCGACUCGGGAGAGCAACCGCCGGCGCUUCGAUACACCCACCGUCUGGAUCCAUCUUUGCUGCUCGAGUACCUCACCACGAGCGGAACCGAAGCAAAACACCGCAUCAAAAGCCAGCUGCCUUCAGGUCUCCUUCUCAUCGAUGCAUAUCUGCUUCUGCGAGAUAGCCACCCGGAGAGCCUCUCCGCCCUCUCCAUCCCAAACAUCUACUCUCUCAUCAGACAUGCUGGCAGGGAGAGCCUCGGUGGAGUCCUUUCCCUUCUUCUUCAGGACAUCGUGGGUCCCGAGCUCAACAACCCCAACGGUCCUCCCGGCCUCUUUCAAGUCAAGGCUGGAACACAAGACCGCUACAGGCUCCUUCGUGAAAUCCUUGCGCGGUGCACCCAAAGCGACUUUCUGAUACACGACGGCAACAUUCUCAACAUCUUCACGCUCAUCCUCCACGAUCUUCGCCAGAUCCGCCAAAUCGAUACAGACACUGUCGAGACCGAUCCAAGCAGCGCUUCUACCAUCGACAGAGCGUAUGUCAAUGGAGACGCUGGCAGCGUCCAGAUCCCCGACAGCUUUCCAACCGGAGAGGCCAGGCGUCUCGUCAAGUUGGCUUUGCAGUUUGACCGACCGGAGCUAGGCCCAAUCGUCAAGGCUCUUCGAGUGCAUCUCGAGACUCGGAACCCAACCUUUCCAACAGCCCGUGAGGGUGCUCAACUCAUCGCUUACUACCUCCAGCCCAACUUGCGCGACUUCGAGUCUGGUCUAGACGUCGUUCGCGCACUCCGCGACACCAAUGCUCUAGCGCAAGACGUGAUCGACGAUGCUGUCCACGACGGCAGACAGUAUUUCGACGCGCUACAGACUGCUUUCUCCUCGGUCCCGGACGACACACAUGCAUCACCGUCGCAAGAGGAGCUGGAAAAGGUCUGCAUGGAUGUCUCGCUCCGUCUCGUCGGCAUGAAGUGCCUCAUGGCCCAGCGCCCCGACGGAGGAGUGCAGUACCGCAUGACGCUCGAAAGCCUGCUAUCGAGCUUUCGAUUCGAUCUGGUCGACUCCUGCCAGGAUAUCCCGGGCUGUGACCUUCGAUCUCUGCUCGAGGUCCCCGUGAACAACAUCCGGACCAUCAUCAAAAACUUGCUGCAGAGUCAAAGCGACCCUCUCAACGAAGUACUGUCCGUUCUGCAGCGAUGCGACCCACGCAUCGUAGCCAUGCUUCCGAACUCCGAUUUGCAGGAAAUCUGCGAUGUAGGCCGUGACCUGGAAACGCUUCGUCAGGCUACCGAGAUCUAUGCUCUCUUCGUCAAAGCCAAAACGACAGCACGCCUGCCCCUUCAGGCGCGGCACAUUCUCGCGCGCGACGGAUGUCUGACGAACGCGGAAAUGUUUCUGAUACUCAUGCGAGUAUUGCUGGACAGGGGUCAGAAAGUCGGCAUUGUGGCCAAUCUGCGUGCGCUCGGCGUGCUUCCCUUGACCGAGGCGGCCGUGCGUCAGCUCAACCUGCGCUUCGCACCUGCACAGAGAACCAGUCUCAUCACGCUGUUGGCCAAGGCUGGUGCCACCGACGACGCAUUCCUCCUGUUCCAGCACUGGACGCAAUGCCGCUACGAGGAGGGCCUCGACGUUGACUCCGCUCGCAGUGUCGCUGCCAAGUUUCGCGGUCCUGACUCGAUCCAGGUCGGAGAUGCGCUAAUGGAAAGACAGAUCCGACUGAUGCAGGAAUCGGACCGUCAAGUCGCCAUCUCGGCCUCGUGCGUUGUCGCCCUGGUCCGCUCCUUGUGCUCGAACCGGCGUUUAGGUGACGUAGAUGCCUCGCCAGCGCCCGAGACGCAAGCGGCGUCCGAGGCGCCAAAGGGCCCUACCGAAGGACAGCUGCGAAGGGCGCGAUUCGUCAUCGAUGCGUUUGUGCAAUCAUGCACAUCGGUGGAUUGGACGCACUAUCGGCUCACGGCGCUGGCUCAAGUAUGCUUCCUCGUCAGGGACGUGCCUGGCGCCUUCUAUGCGCUCGCCCAGAUCAGUUUUCUUCGUCAGUUGCCAGACAAGCUCGACAUUACGGUCCUGCUCGGUGGACUGAUGCAUGUUGACCCGGACCGGGCGGUUAGGCUCUUUAUCCAGCACGCCUCGGUCCCCAAGACGCUCACAGCGCGUGCCAAGCAAAAUACCGACGCGUUCGACGCUGAGCCGGCUUCGCAGGCGGAGAGCCGAACGCACCGAUCGGCGACCCUCCCUCCCAUGAAGGCAUCGCCAACGUUGGUGUCGAUGCUCAUCAAUCGUGCGAUUGUCCAAGGUCGCACGGACCUAGCGGAUCGGUUGUACAAGUUCGGCGAGAUGAACGGCAUCAAGAACCUGCCUGGUCAUGUGGCAUCUCUCCGAGCGCUCUUCCUUCCGGAUGUCGCACCGAACGCCGUCGUCAAGACGAUCGAUCGCGCGCACGAGACUGGAUGGAAGUCCGAUCCUGGCUUGCUCGAAAGCCUCUCGCAACGACUUCUUCGGCGUGCCGUAGAGCGCAUCGAUGCUCCUGGCGAGGUGUCGAAGCAAGUGGGAGUUGGCAGAAAAGGUGGCAGGGAGCAUUUCGCGCUGCCACCUCUCAAAAGGCUAGACUUGGCCAAAGCUGCUGCAACACUGAUGCGGAUGAGUGCGCAAAGCAUGGACGUCGUCAAUCUCAAGUCGGUUCAUCUUGUGCUCGAAGCCAUCGACAGCGUCAAGACGUCCUUCGCCCGGCCAAAUGCGAAGAGAGCCGCCUCUUCUCCGACUGCAAGGCAGCGCGAUCCGGAGAAACAUCGGCUGCAGUGGAUCGGAAUCCUGGACGAGCUCGUGCACCGGCUUCGCUGGACCACGUUCUUCGACACAGGCAACGACUAUCGGCACAGCCUUCCGUUGUGGAAGUCGAGCAAGGUCAGGGACGGGCAGCUUAUACCAGCCGAGCUGGACGACAUGAUGACGCUCGGGUUCGAUGGCCGGGGCCGGAAACGACAGGCGGCGGGAGAAAAAAGAGGAGCGUCAGCGCCACGCCUGGCUGAAGCAAUGGACGAGUCCCAGCACGGAAACGAAGCUUCGUCGUCGGAGGGUGGAGAUGUCUCUAAGGACGCUGCGCUGCAGCAGCCUCGUGCAUCCUCGCCCAAUGUGCUCCCUGCCAUCCUUUACCGGCGACUGAUUGAGGCGUAUCUGGUACUGGCGGAUGCCGAGGGUGCAGCAGAAGUCGCCGCGUGGAUGCGCGACGAAGCAGGAAUGGAAAUCGCCGAGUCUCGGCAUGUCGCCAACGUCUUUGUGAGCCGAAUCAAGGCCGCGGUACGAGAUAGAGAAAGCGACACGGAUCACGAAUCCGAGACGAGUAACAUUUUGCGCAUGCUGGCCGGCCAGCAGGGCACGGCAACCACGAAGCGGUGGUGGAUCCCCUAG